ACUGCACUCGGCUGUAAUUGUUCGUGGCACAUUUGUCCAGUUUUGUACAACCAAGGUGACAGUUAUCAAACUUUAGCAAGUAUCAAGCAUUUCUUCAACUGGACUGAACCUCUGAGUUGUGUGAAAACAUCAUCUGGGUCCAGAUCCAGAAUGUGAAAAAAAUCUAAACCAAGGAGGCUUGAUGUAUAAUUCCACAGUAUCAGUUCCAUCAGUGCAGUAACUUCAUGGUGACAGUGCUGCUGAUUUGUCUUCACUGUGACACAUGUUGUUCUUCAUAUUAUUUGCUUCCUUGCAGACAUGUUGCAGCAGUUGGUGAUUAAAGAAGAAAUGCUCCCUGAACAGCAGGAGUUGAAUCUGAGUGUUGACCGGAAGGACAUUAAACUGAAACAAGAGGAAGUCUGGACAAGUAACAAGGGACAGCAGCUUCACCGGCUGGAGACUGAGAAGACCAAGUUACAUUUUGUCCCUGUGAAGACUGAAAAUGAUGAUGAAAUACCACAGUCAUCACAGGUUCUUCAAAACUCAGACAUGUUGCAGCAGUUGGUGAUUAAAGAAGAAAUGCUCCCUGAACAGCAGGAGUUGAAUCUGAGUGUUGACCAGAAAGACAUUAAACAGGAACAAGAGGAAGUCUGGACAAGUAACGAGGGACAGCAGCUUCACCGGCUGGAGACUGAGAAGACCAAGUUCCUUUUUGUCCCUGUGAAGACUGAAAAUGAUGAUGAAAUACCACAGUCAUCACAGGUUCUUCAAAACUCAGACAUGCAGACGUUGUUGGUUAUAAAAGAAGAAAUUCUCCCUGAACAGCAGGAAAGAAACCUGAGUGUUGACCAGGAGGACAAUAAAGAGGAACAAGAGAAACUCUGGAUAUGUCCACAGGUACAACAGCUUCACCAGCCGGAGGAGGCCGAUAUCACAGAGUUCGUUUUUACUGCUGUCCCCGUGAACAGUGAAAAUGAUGAAAACCCACAGUCAUCACAAGUUCUUCAAAGCCAAAGUGAUGAGAGCACAGAGGCUGAGCCUGUAGCCAGCGGCUCACCUGUACUCAGAACACUGACAGCACAAGCAGGUGCAGAGGACGAUGGAGGACCACAGUCAGCUUCAUGCAGUUGUUUACCACCAGAUACCAAUGGAAGGAGUUCAGGUUACUCUGAAACUGACAGUUUCAAAAGGAAGCGGACAAAAAAAAUUAGGUCAGGCUUUAACAGUCUGAUAAAGAGCAAUGUCUCUGUUAGUCAUAGCCAGUGCAACAUGAAGAAGAAAAAAUAUAAUGGUUCUGAAAAUGGAAAAACAUGUGGUCACAUGAACUAUUUAAAGCAAGAAAAAAAAAGGCAAGGAAGUGAAAAACCAUUUAGCUGUUCUGAGUGUGGUAAGAAAUUUGGAUAUAAGAACAGUCUUAUCAUACAUAUGAGAAUUCACACAGGGCAGAAACCAUUUAGCUGUUCUGAGUGUGGAAAAAGAUUUGGACAAAAAGGCAGUAUGAUCACACACACGAGAAUUCAUACAGGACAAAAACCGUUUAGCUGUUCUGAGUGUGGUAUAAGCUUUAGAAAUAAAGGCAAUGUGAUCACACACAUGAGAAUUCAUACAGGACAGAAACCAUUUAGCUGUUCUGAGUGUGGUAAGAAAUUUGGAUAUAAGAAUAAUCUGAUCAUGCAUAUGAGAAUUCACACAGGGCAGAAACCGUUUAGCUGUUCUGAGUGUGGAAAAAGAUUUGGACAAAAGAGCAGUAUGGUCACACACAUGAGAAUUCACACAGGACAGAAACCAUUUAGCUGUUCUGAGUGUGGUAUAAGUUUUGGAAUUAAAGGUAAUCUGAUCACGCACAUGAGAAUUCAUACAAGACAGAAACCAUUUAGCUGUUCUGAGUGUGGAAUACGAUUUGGAUAUAAGAACAGCCUGAUCAUGCACAUGCGAAUUCACACAGGGCAGAAACCAUUUAGCUGUUCUGAGUGUGGAAAACAAUUUGGACAAAAAAGCAGUCUCAACACACACAUGCGAAUUCACUCAGGGCAGAAACCAUUUAGCUGUUCUGAGUGUGGAAAAAGAUUUGGACAAAAGGGCAGUCUCACCACACACAUGAGAAUUCAUACAGGACAGAAACCAUUUAGCUGUUCUGAGUGUGGUAAAAGAUUUGGAGAUAGGAGCAGUCUGACCACACACUCCCGAAUUCACACAGGACAGAAACCAUUUAGCUGUUCUCAGUGUAGAAAAAGAUUUGGACAAAAGGGCAGCCUGGUCACACACAUGAGAAUUCAUACAGGGCAGAAACCAUUUAGCUGUUCUGAGUGUGGAAAAAGUUUUGGACGAAAGGGCAGCCUGGUAACACACAUGAGAAUUCACACAGGGCAGAAACCAUUUAGUUGUUCUGAGUGUGGUCAAAGAUUUCGAGAUAAGAACAGUCUGAUAAGACACACAAGAAUUCAUACAGGACAGAAACCAUUUACUUGUUCUGAGUGUGGUAAAAGAUUUGGACAAAAGGGAAGUUUAAAUUCACACAUGAGAAUUCACACAGGACAAAAACAGUUUAGCUGUUCUGAGUGUGGUAAAAGAUUUGGGCAUAAGAGCAGUCUGAUCAGACACAUGAGAAUUCACACAGGACAGAAACCAUUUAGCUGUUCUGAAUGUGGUAAAAGAUUUGGAGAUAAAAGCAAUCUGUUCAAACACAUGAGAAUUCAUACACGACAGAAACCAUUUAGUUGUUCUGAGUGUGGUAAGAGAUUUCGACAAAAGAGCACUUUGAUCACACACAUGAUAAUUCACACAGGACAGAAACAGUUUAGCUGUUCUGAGUGCGGUAAAAGAUUUGGACUUAAGGGCAAUCUCCUCACACACAUGAGAAUUCAUACAAGACAGAAACCAUUUCCUUGUUCUGAGUGUGGUAAAACAUUUGGACAUAAAAACAGUCUAAUUGCACAUAUGACAGUUCACACAGGACAGAAGCCAUUUCCUUGUUCUGAGUGUGGUAAAAGAUUUGUACAAAAGAGCAAUGUGAUCAGACACAUGAGAAUUCAUACAGGACAGUUUAGGAACGAAAGAUCAGUUAUUGAUCAAUAAAGCCAUCAUGGAGGACUGCAAAAAAUGAAGAGAAACUUUUGCAUGGCUUGGAUUAACUAUAAAAAGACAUUUGACAGCGUACCGCACUCCUGGAUCAUGAGGUGCUUAGAACUCUACAACAUGAAUGAGGAAAUAAGAUCUUUCCUGAGAACACAAAUGAACAAGUGGAAGACCACCAUCACCCUAAACCACACAGAGGGGCAAAUAAUAAUCCCAGAUGUACAAGUGCAGAGAGGGAUAUUCCAGGGAGACAUGCUCUCGCCACUUUUAUUCUGUUUUACUGUAGAAUCACUUGGUAAAACG